ACAUACACAACAUGUUUGUAUAAAGUACAAUACAAGUCACUCGUAUCUUCAAACAUUACAGGAAUUUUGUAAAAUGGAUUUCAUGUUAUACAUUUCCUUCUUUAUUCUUAUGACGAAAUUAUAUGAGACAAAUUCAGGUAAUUGCACGGAUAAUUCUACACUGGUACCCAUUACGAAAUUUACAGAAUCGCCUUCAACAAGUGAACCAUCAAUGUUGAACAUUUCAAGCACAGAAUCAGUAGAUUCAACCCUUACAACUCCGUUUAAAGAAAUAGAACAUUCAAACAAAAGUUCUACAACAAAUAUUUCAGAAACCACAUUCAUUGUCGUUACGAAUGGUUAUACCUUCCGAUGUCAAGGAAUAAUGGAAAUGGGAGAUGAAGUAAUGUAUUUAUAAGAUAGUUAAUAAACAUAA